AUGACAACGCAAGUUACCGUAGCAAGAGCAGGUACAAUUGGACACGAGGAAUAUAGCCUCUACAGCAGCAUGACUGAGGAGGAACUUAUUCAGUUGGCCAUUGAGCAGAGUUUGACAGAAGACCCUGCUGAGCAAAUAGCUGCGCAGAAGACAGUUACUGCCGCACCACCUCCCCGUGAACCCUACUGUCAGAACUUCUACCUUUAUCCUUGGGAAAGGCGUGCUGCACAGUCCAGAGGCCAGACUUCAGCAUCCGGUUCAGGACUCAGACGGAGGUACGAUGGCAGCUUCUUCAUCUUACCCCAAGCUGAAGUGCUGGAUCCUGUAGUGUCGGUGAUCAAGGAAGGAGAUGAAACAGCACUGCACAACAUGAUACAGGCAGGAAAAAACCUUGCACAACCUAACAAAGAUGGAUGGUUGCCACUCCAUGAAGCUGCUUAUUAUGGACAAGAGGGCUGCUUGAAACUGCUGCAUAGAUCUUUUCCUGGGACCAUUGAUCAACGUACACUUCAGGAAGAAACAGCACUCUAUUUAGCAACAAACAGAGGGAAUAUUGAUUGCAUGCGUUCAUUGCUCCAAGCUGGAGCAGAACCUGAUAUUGCAAACAAAGCCAGGGAGACCCCACUUUAUAAAGCCUGUGAACGCAAAAAUUCUGAAGCCGUGCAGAUGUUAUUGCAGUACAAUGCUGAUGUGAACCAUCGCUGCAAUCGUGGUUGGACGGCCCUUCAUGAAGCUGUUGCUCGAAAUGAUUUAGAAAUAAUAGAACUUUUAGUUCAAGGAGGUGCCAAAGUUGAAUCUGCAAACUGUUAUGGAAUUAGCUCUUUAUUUGUAGCAGCUGAAAGUGGCCACUUAGAAGCCUUGAGAUACCUGGCGAAAUGUGGUGCUGAUAUCAAUACUCAAGCUAGUGACAAAGCCUCAGCUCUCUAUGAAGCUUCUAAAAAUGGACAUGAGAAGAAUGUGGAAUUUCUCUUGUCUCAAGGUGCUGAUGCUAACAAAACCAAUAAGGAUGGGCUCUUACCAAUUCAUGUGGCCUCCAAAAAAGGCUAUUAUGAGAUUGUGAAAAUGCUACUCCCAGUAACAAGUCGUACUCGCAUCAAGCGUAGUGGCAUCAGCCCUCUGCAUUUGGCAGCUGAGCGCAACCAUGAUGAUGUCUUGGAAGAGCUGAUUGAUGCUGGCUUUGAUGUAAAUGCCACCCUUUCUUUUGAGCGUUCCCGACUCUACGAGGAUAGGCGCACCACUAUCCUCUAUUUUGCAGUCUUCAACAACAACAUAUAUGCCACUGAGCUUCUGCUUGAGGCUGGCGCUAAUCCCAAUGUUGACUUUAUCAAUCCAUUGCUCAUCUCCAUCCGCCAUGGCUGUUUGAAGACAAUGAAACUGCUUCUUGAUUAUGGAGCUAACAUUAAUGCCUAUGUUGCCUCUCACCCUACAACUUUCCCUGCUACUGUAAUGUUUUCAAUGAAGUAUCUUGUUCUGCUGAAAUAUUUGAUGGACAUGGGCUGUGAUGCCAACUCUUGCUUUAUAUGUUGUUACGGGUGUGGCCCACAUCCUCCUAUUGAUAUUAGGAGGGACCGAUAUAAUGAUCCUGCAGAGAAUAACGAUAACAAAAUUGUACAGUUUUGUGAAAUGGUUUCAACCCCCGAGAUGAGUCGUUGGGCAGGCCCUAUUAUAGAUGUUCUUUUGGAUUAUGUGGGCAAUGUGCAACUUUGUUCCCGGUUGCAGGAACACAUUGACAGUUAUGAAGAUUGGUCUAACAUUAAAGUCAAAGCAGAGCCACCAAGGCCACUUGGACACCUUUGUCGAAUCAAAAUUAGAAUUGUGAUUGGAAAAAACCGUCUUUCACUUAUUGAUACUUUACCUUUGCCAAGAAGACUAAUUCGGUAUUUACAAUAUGAUUAUACCCAGUGAUCUAUAGUGAACCUGACAUUCAGCAUUAUAUGGAGUGAUAAUCAAAUGUAUUAUAGAGCGAGCUGCCAUGAUGGAAACAGACCGAUAUGAUGGAACAGAAAACUUGUUUUGGUAUGUAAAAAGAAAAAAACAGAGG